UAGAAGUCAAUAUUGUGAAAACGUUUGUUUGCGUUGUUUGUCCACGAAGAAACACAAAUGUUCUCGGUUAUAUUAUACUGAUAAAUAAAAAUUAGUGCUCACCCUCGGAUAAACAGCAUUCAGGAUGGCAGCCCCACCGCAGGCUCUAGUAAAUCGCAACAAGAAGCACUUUCUCGGCGUUCCGGCACCCCUAGGUUAUGUGGCUGGUGUCGGCAGAGGUGCGACUGGCUUCACCACUCGGUCGGAUAUUGGUCCAGCCCGCGACGCCAACGACGUUUCCGACGACCGACACGCACCACCUCUAACAAAACGCGCCAAAAAGAAAGAUGAGGAAGAGGAGCAGGAGGAAGAAGAUUUAAACGAUUCAAACUACGAUGAAUUCACCGGCUACGGCGGCUCGUUAUUCUCCAAAGAUCCAUAUGAUAAAGAUGAUGCUGAAGCAGAUGCAAUCUAUGAGGCAAUUGACAAGAGAAUGGAUGAGAAAAGAAAGGAAUACAGAGAGAAAAGGCUCCGUGAAGAACUGGAAAAAUUCCGUCAAGAACGCCCCAAGAUCCAGCAACAGUUUUCCGACCUGAAACGCGAUCUCAUGCAUGUCAGUGAUGAUGACUGGAAGAGUGUUCCAGAGGUAGGUGAUGCGCGCAAUAAAAAACAACGUAAUCCGCGCGCGGAAAAAUUCACGCCUUUACCAGACAGUGUAUUAUCACGUAACCUGGGCGGAGAAUCAUCCUCUACCCUAGAUCCUUCCUCUGGUUUAGCUAGCAUGAUUCCCGGCUCCGCUACGCCGGGUUUACUUACACCUACCGGCGAUAUGGAUCUGCGUAAAAUCGGCCAGGCGCGUAAUACGCUCAUGAAUGUUAAGUUAUCACAAGUUUCUGAUUCUGUCACUGGUCAAACAGUGGUAGAUCCCAAGGGUUACCUCACAGACUUACAGUCUAUGAUUCCUACCUACGGUGGGGAUAUCAAUGACAUCAAAAAAGCGCGCUUGUUACUUAAAUCAGUUCGUGAAACAAAUCCGAACCAUCCACCUGCAUGGAUCGCCUCCGCACGACUUGAAGAAGUCACCGGGAAGGUUCAAGCCGCUCGCAAUCUCAUCAUGAAAGGUUGUGAGGAUAAUCCACUGAGUGAAGAUCUCUGGUUGGAAGCAGCGCGUCUACAACCGCCGGAAACAGCAAAGGCAGUGAUUGCGCAAGCGGCUAGACAUAUUCCCACUUCGGUUCGUAUCUGGAUUAAGGCUGCUGAUGUCGAAACAGAGACGAAAGCAAAACGGAGGGUGUUCCGCAAAGCAUUGGAACACAUUCCCAACUCUGUACGUCUUUGGAAAGCUGCUGUGGAGUUGGAAAAUCCAGACGAUGCGAAAAUUUUACUUUCGAGAGCAGUGGAAUGUUGCCCGACGUCAGUGGAGCUUUGGUUGGCGCUUGCCCGACUGGAAACUUAUGACAACGCUAGGAAAGUCCUCAAUAAAGCCAGGGAGAACAUUCCGACAGAUAAACAAAUAUGGACCACUGCUGCAAAGCUCGAGGAAGCAAAUGGUAAUCAUCAUAUGGUAGACAAAAUCAUCGAGAGAGCUAUUUCAUCCCUCAGCGCAAAUGGAGUCGAGAUCAACAGAGAUCAUUGGUUUAAAGAGGCCAUCGAGAGUGAGAAAGGCGAGCAUGUGCAGUGCUGCAAGGCUAUUAUUAAGUCAAUCAUCUCACAUGGCGUGGAACCAGAGGAUCAGAAACAUACUUGGAUGGAAGAUGCAGAUAAUUGUAUUAGUCAGAACGCGAUUGAAUGCGCACGUGCAGUGUACACGCAUGCGCUGGCGGCUUUCCCUGGUAAGAAGACUAUCUGGUUGAGGGCGGCGCAUCUUGAACGGAAUUAUGGUACCCGUGAGAGUUUAGAGAACCUACUUCAGAGAGCAGUUGCGCAUUGUCCUAAAAUGAGGUUUCAAUUGUGGCUCAUGGGUGCCAAAAGUAAAUGGUUGGCUGGUGAUGUGCCUGCUGCGCGUGGUAUUCUCUCUUUAGCCUUUCAAGCCAACCCCAACAGCGAAGAAAUUUGGUUGGCUGCGGUCAAAUUGGAGUCCGAGAACCAUGAGUAUGAGCGUGCGCGUAAGUUACUUGCCAAAGCUCGUGGUUCUGCACCAACUCCACGUGUUUUAAUGAAGAGUGCUAAGUUGGAAUGGCUAUUGAACGAUUUGAAAGCCGCGCUUGUUCUGUUGGAAGAAGCAUUGAAAGUAUUUCCGGAGUUUUCUAAGCUGUGGAUGAUGAUGGGUCAAAUCUACGAGCAGCAAAAUGAUCCUGAGCGUGCAUUCUCCACAUACAAUCAAGGCAUUAAGAAAUGCCCGACAGCGAUUCCUCUGUGGAUGUUACUCUCAAGGUUAGAAGAAAGCCGCGGAUUGUUGAUCAAAGCACGCUCUGUGCUGGAACGUGCUCGUCUAAAGAAUCCCAAGUCUGAACUGCUGUGGUUGGAGGCAAUUCGCGUUGAAAUGCGCGCUGGUUUGCGAGAUGUUUCUAUGUCGAUGAUGGCGAAGGCACUACAGGAGUGCCCGACGUCCGGUCGUCUGUGGGCCGAGGCGGUGUUUAUGGAACCGCGUGCACAGCGCAAGUCUAAAUCGGUGGAUGCGCUCAAGAAGUGCGAGCAUGACCCUUAUGUAUUGCUUGCGGUCAGUAAGCUCUUCUGGACAGAGCGCAAACUGACUAAAUGUCGCGAAUGGUUUGCGCGUACGCUUAAAAUUGAGCCGCAUUUCGGGGACGCGUGGGCAUUUUGGUAUCGCUUUGAGCAGCUUCAUGGUACACCCGAGCAGCUGGAACAGGUAAGACAGCGCUGCUUAGCUGCAGAAACAUACAACGGCGAAUUAUGGUGUGCCGUCAGCAAGGAUAUUCGCAAUUGGACACUUACUACUGAGCAAGUGUUACAAUGUGUUGCCAAGCAAGUUCCAAUUCCAGUUUAACUUAUGACAAACGGUUUAUUCAUAAUGAUAAAAUGAAUUAUCAUGGAGAACAUAAAUGACUUACAUUUAUUUUUGGUAGUUACUAAGAAUGAUGCAAAGUAUAAACAACCACAGUUUAAACUAA